AUGGACUGCGAGAUGGAGACCCAAGCCUCCAUUCCCCCUGACGGCGGCGGCGACAUGCCUAGCAUGGCGAAGCCCCCUGAUGGGGAUGGGAAACCACAACGGUUAUCCUUCAGAGACAAACUCAUGGGUGGGACUAGGGCAGAAGGCCCGAAGGAACGAGUGGAUCUCUUUAAGCAGGGAAAGAUGAGGGUGGAAUUUGUGGAUGUCAACAAGCGGCAACCUAGAAUAGUGGUGGAGAAGUCUGUUAUUGAAGACAUGUGUGUGCCUUGGAAGGAGGCUCUGGUAGUGUGCCUACUAGGCAAAAAGCUAGGUUUUCGAGUGAUGAAGGCUAAGCUGGCAACGACCUGGAGAUUGUCAGGAGACUUUGAACUAUUGGACGUGGGAAACAGAUUCUUCAUGGUUAAGUUUGAUAUGGUGGAAGACAGAAACAAAGUUAUUGGGGGUGGUUCGUGGAUGAUUUUUGAUCAUUACCUAGCGGUGGCCACAUGGAGUCCUGAGUUUAUUUCACCUGCUGCAAGGGUGAAGAAGACACUAGCAUGGAUCCGGAUCCCGGGUUUAAAUGUAGUCUUCUAUGAUGAAAGCUUCCUAAUGUAUGUGGCACAAGUAAUUGGAAAACCAAUCCGGGUAGACAUCAAUACUCUGAGAGGAGACAGAGGACGUUUCGCAAGAAUCUGCGUUGAACUGGAUCUCACAAAACCAGUCUAUGGUAAGAUUAUGAUUGAAGAUUUCUGGUACAACAUAGAGUAUGAGGGCCUCCACAUUAUUUGCACAAAAUGUGGAUGCUACGGGCAUAGAAGCAGGGAGUGCACCACUCCACCUCCGGCGGCGGAGCCAGAGAAAGACCAAGAAAGCCAGAAGGAGAAGGAGAAGGAGAAACCAGAAAAUGGGGUCCCUGAAAAUCCACCGCAAGGCGGCGCUGACGGCGGGGACAAAGCGACAGCGGCGCCCAGGAAGGAUAUUGAAACAGUAAAUUACACAAUUAUGACGACUCCGGAGAAUGGGGAAAAUAUUAAUGAUGAUUGCAUGGAAGUUUUGAAUACUAAGGAGAGUGGGCCAUCACAAAAGGUUUUGAAUGUGCAACAACCGGAAGAAAUCUUUGGGGAUUGGGUGGUGGAAUCAAAAAAGAAAAAGAAACAGCUGAUACAGUUGCCUUAA